AAUUCCAGGAGGUUAAAAAAAGAGUGGUGGGCGGGCUUGGUCCCUCUCCGGGGUAGGAGGCGGGACCUAGCCCAUCCUCCAGAGCCCGGGUGUUUUCUGCGGUGGUGCGGACCCGAUUUCGGACACUGGUCGUUUCUCGUAAUAGAAGCACCAUGGAAAAUCCUGAAAAUACAGUAGAUUCAAAAUCCAUCAAAAAUAUAAGAGUAAAGAUCCUCCAUGAUAGCAAAUCAAUGGAAUCUGGACUAACAUCAGACCGCUAUAAAAUGGAUUAUCCAGAAAGGGGAUUAUGUAUAAUAAUCAAUAAUAAAAAUUUUCACCCAAAUACUGGCAUGUCAUUUCGGUCUGGUACAGAUGUAGAUGCAGCACACCUCAGAGAAACAUUCAAGAGCUUGAACUAUGAAGUCAGGAAUAAAAAUGAUCUGACAUGUAAAGAAAUCAUUGAUUUACUGUACAAUGUUUCUAAAGAAGAUCACAGCCAGAGGAGCAGUUUUGUUUGUAUCAUUCUAAGUCAUGGUGAAGAAGGAAUCAUCUUUGGGACAGAUGGAUCUGUUGAACUGAAAAGAAUAACAUCUUUCUUUAAAGGGGAUAAGUGUAGAAGUCUAGUAGGAAAACCAAAGCUUUUUAUUAUUCAGGCAUGUAGAGGCACAGAGUUGGAUUGUGGUGUUGAGACAGACAGUUCCACUGAUGAUGAUAUAACAUGCCAGAAAAUACCUGUUGAGGCAGACUUCUUAUAUGCAUAUUCUACAGCCCCAGGCUACUAUUCUUGGAGAAAUUCAAAGGAUGGUUCCUGGUUUAUCCAAUCACUUUGUGCAAUGCUGAAACAGUAUGCCCACCGGCUUGAGAUUAUGCAAAUCCUAACCCGAGUCAAUAGAAAGGUUGCCAUGGAGUUUGAAUCUUAUUCCUUAGAUUUUACCUUCCAUGCAAAGAAGCAGGUGCCAUGUAUUAUGUCCAUGCUUACUAAGGAACUCUAUUUUUUUCCUUAAGAAAAUCCAUGUAUUUUAUUUUGUAUGCCGAUCCAGUGAAUCAUAGGCGUGAGGACUGUAUAUUUUUGGUAAUGAAAAUUGUACACCUUGAGCCAAUACUGGGGCAUUGGGGAGAGAAUCACCAUCUGUCUCUCCACUGAACAGAAUUUUUAAUAGUGCUUUGCUACCUUAUUCAGGUAGUUGAAAUGGAAGCUUAUCAGGAUCUACCAUAAUGACUUUGAAAAGAAAAACAAUUGGAUGAUGAUAUUUGUUAUAAGAAGAAACUAUUGUGUCUUCAAAACUUUAAGAAUAAUUAGAGGGGCAGCUAGGUGGCGCAGUGGAUAGAGCACUGGCCCUGGAUUCAGGAGUACCUGGGUUCAAAUCCGGCCUCAGACACUUAACACUUACUGGUUGUGUGACCCUAGGCAAGUCACUUAACCCCAAUUGCCUCACUAAAAAUAACAAAAACAAAAGAGUAAUUAGAGAUUUAGGGAACAGAACACUUCUUAGUGUUAUAUGAUCUUGGGUUUUGAAGGGGCUUAGGGAAAAUUAACAUUGGCAGUGGGGGUGGGGGAUGAGGGUUAAGUUACUUGCCCAGGGUCACACAGCUAGUAAGUGUCAAGUGUCUGAGGCUGGAUUUGAACUCGGGUCCUCCUGAAUCCAAGGCCAGAAAUGAACACUUUUUAAAAGAUAUUUAAAAAAAAAUUUUUACUUAAUUGUGAAAGGCAGCACUGCAUAUUGGGUAAAAGCAUGGCCUUAAAAUCUGGAAGACCUGGUUUGCAACAUUGUCUGAGAUGUGUUACCUCAGGCAAGUCACUUGACUUCUCAAUGCCCCAGGCGAUGAAGUCUGUAAGUUUUGUAAUAGUAUAAGAUCAGCAUAAGGAGAAUGAUUUUUCAUUCUGGGAGUCCAUCCACAGACAAAUGAACUCAGUUGUCCUGACCCAGAUUUUUUUAAACUGAAUUUAUAAGUUUGUAUUCCGUUUUUGUCAAAUGGCAAAAAAAAAAAAAAAAAGCAUGAAGAUGCUUUCUUGGCCUCUACCAGAAUUCCUGGUAAUG